UGACAGGGAAAUAUUGUUUAUAGUGUUUAUUGCUGCUUAUUAAUUAUUUUAUUUAAGUUGUUUAUCAUGACUUGCAUUUGGGCUAAUAUUAACAUUUAAAUUUGGCUGUAAUUACUGUGUAUAUAACACAAUGUACCUGUAUAUAACUAUGAGUGACGCAGAGUGUAUCAUUUAUUUAUACAUGUUUAAUUUGCAACUAAAAUUUAUUAUAUAAUUAUUCUAAUUCGAGUAUCAUAAUUCCGUUCCAAUUUCAAUCUGUCCAGAUCGGCAAAGUGUGCACUUUAUAUUUUGCAAUAAAUUUAUUUAGUUUUAAUAAAGAUUAUAUGUGAACGAGUGAGUAUUAUUGGUAUAGAAGGAUAUAUGGAAGGCAUAUCAGAAGAAAAACCAUGUGAGGAAAACAAAUUGUAUGAAGUAGUAUUUUGUAAAGAAACUGACAGUUUUGUAACAGCUACAAACAAUAUUCAACCAGGAAACGUAAUUCUUAUAGACAAUCCUAUUGUUCUCGCUCCACUGCCCACCAAAAAUGAUCUUCUUUGCGUUGGAUGCUGCAAAAGACUAGAUGAAACGGAUUGUUAUUGCCCGAAAUGUGGCUGGCCCAAAUGUCGUAACGAGUGUCAAGAUGUUUCUACACAUAACGAAAAUGAGUGUGAAAUUUUGAGAUUAUGUCCCAAAAAAUCGGGCGAUUCAAAAUUUCGAUAUGAUAUAUUAAUCAUUCUUCGCUGCUUAUUAUUACAAACGUCAAAUAAAAACAAAUGGGCUGUGUUGUUGAACUUGCUGGAUCGAUUUAAUGGUGGAGACCGGGGGAAUGCAGAUUAUUUUAAGAAAGUUGAAGAAAAGAAGCGUUUCCUUGAAGAAGUAUAUCUAAAACCGUUAAGAAACUAUGAAGCUGAAAUUGGAAAAAGUAUAUUACCACAAGCAUCGAGUGAUAUAGUCGAAAAAGUUUGUGGUUUUCUAAUGCUAUACGUUAUGGAACAUAGCAAUAUUAAACUUCUAUACGCUAAGGCUAAUUUAAUUGAACAAAAUUGCGUUCCUAAUGCGAUUUUCGUGGUUGAUGAUGAAGAUGAUUAUAAAAUGACCAUAAAAGCUGUGCAGCCUAUACUGAAAGGCGAACAUAUAACCAUUUCUUAUACAGAUAUACUUUUGGGUACUCAACAACGCAAGAAGUACCUGAAGAAAUUGAGGAAUACUUUAUGUCGCUGUUCUCGAUGUGAGGAUUCUACGGAGUUUAAUAGCUAUUUAAGUGCUAUGAUCUGUUUUGGUAUGGAAGAUGAACCUUGCAAAGGUAUCCAGCUAUCACUAAACCCUACCGAUGAAACGCCAGUCUGGCUAUGUAACAAGUGCAAUAUAAAACUACCUAACAAGGAAGUAACUGAUUUUAUCCGGCACUUAAAUAAGGAAGUUGAUAAAAGAUUGGAAACCAAACCAAAUUUUGAGGACUUGAAAGAUUUUUUAGAGAAAUUGGAACUGUUUCUACAUCCCACUCAUUAUUUGAUUAUUAGAGUUAAAUAUCACUUGAUACAGAUUUACGAAAUCAGCCAAACAUCAAGAGAUUUGCUAAAAGAAAAAAUGAAAAUGUGCGAAAGUUUGAUUGAAGUUUUUAAGAAAAUUGAUCCAGGGUCUACAAGGUUAGGACUUCAUCUGUUAACUAUUUUAUCAGAGUUAUACAAAGCAAAAACAGAACUACUGUUCCAAACUUUUUUACCGGAAGAUAAAGACGCUAGUUUUAGUCUGAUUACAGAAAUCUUACAGAUUUUAAAGGAAGCAAAUAAGAUUGCUGAGUUCCAAUCCCAAAUACACCCCCAAAAGAACUUGUUGGAAAAUGUGAAAAAUAAUAAAGAUAUGAUAUCGAAAUGGCUGGCAGAAAAUUCAUUUAUGUUUGAAAUUGACUAGUUAGUUAUGUAAAGAUUAUGA